AUGCCUAGAUUCGCAUUUGGGAAGCGAAGAUCAACCGCAGAAGGCGACAAUGAGGUCCCACCUCCCUCCUUUCGCGUACUAGACCGUUCAGAGGUGGCCGAAGGGAACGGCAAGUCUUUUGACGGCGGUGUGAGGCUCUCGGCCAAGACGCACGUCCUGCCCAGGACGACGGUUUCGGACAUUUCGUAUGAGGACAAUAUCUUUGCCGAUUUGAAGCCCAAUACAAACCGGGGAGAUAAAGCAACGUGUGGAUAUCGGGCUGACUCGUCCGCUAGCGGCAGUGGAUCGACCAACACCACAAAGACCAACUCGACCGACAACUCCUCCCGUCACAGCAAUGCUUCGACCACUCCCUCUUCAGCAGAUCUGAGCGGGCAGGAGGACUGGAGACUGGCCAACAACAAAAAGUCCCUCACAGAGAACCUCAUCCAGUCGACACCCAAACCGACGUCGUUUCUGAAAUCAGGCCGGUCGUGGUCAUUUGGCGGCUCCAAAAAACACCUGCCUCCUUUGCCUGCUGAGGAGGCGCAGGUUCCGGACACCCCUCCGGUGCCUGAGCAAUACAAGACGACGGGCAGAGCGAGGGCAACGACAUCAUCCACCGACGCCACUAUCACGCCGCAGCUGAACCAGGACAUUGGGCUUGACCUUGGCGGUAGUUUCAGCAAGAUGUUUUCGGGGUUCGACAAGCGAGCCAGCACCAUGACAUUGCGCGACGAAAACGGGCGACAAGUCUUACAGCCCUCCGCUAUGACAGGGGGGCGAGUUAAUGCCCCUUCGCCUAUUCAGGUCGACAGAUCUUCCAAGAUCGAAGCGCCGCAGCAUUCGUGGGCCAGUCAUCGAUCCAACGACAACCUGCUGUCUGCAAACGAGAAUGCACCGCCCCCGGUGCCGAAACAUGGUGAGACCAUGCCGAGCCGUCCCGAGCAGUUGACUCAGUCAUCAUCAGACAAUCUUCUCAAGAGGACGAGUGCCAUCUUCAGCGGACGAAGAAAGCCCACUUCGCCAGAGACCAGCGAGAGCGACGAUCUGGACAGCUCCCUCUUGGCAGUCAACCGGUUCAUGUCCGACGGCAACAGCCGGAGCCCGACGCCGAUCGAGGCGAUCGUUGUACCCCCGAAAUCACCGGCGGCUAAAUUCGACCUGGUUGAUGAGGACGACAAUCUGUUCGAUAACGUCCCCCUCACCACCUCGAGGCUCAACACGCCGCGUCAGCCACCGCGGAAGCCGGAGGCUGAGGCACCAUCUACACAGACCAAGGUCAUGACUCCAUCCGAGUUUGAGAGGUACCGCAAGGACAAAGAGGUGGAAUCCCGACGAGUAGAGUUUGAAAAAGCUCGUGAGAACAUCCCAGCUGAUGACGAUGACGAGGAUCACUACGAGGACGAAGAGGAUGAGAUCGAGAAGUCGCGGCAGGUGGCGAAACAACGGAGGAAGCAGGAGGCGCACAUGUCUGUCUACCGACAGCAGAUGAUGAAAGUCACGGGCGAGUCGGCGGAUGCGGCCCCCUCGCGCCCCAGCAUGUCCAUAUCCUUCAGCACGCCCAACCUCACCGUUCCCGAGUUCUCCUCGAGAAACCCGUCCGAUGCUUCCGAGGAGGAUGAGGAGGUACCCUUGGCGAUUUUGGCAGCCCACGGAUUCCCGAACAAGAACAGGCCCCCGGCCCGGCUCAGCACCAUGAUGUCGAACCCCAAUCUGCGACAAGCUUCUCAGCCCAGCUACCAGAGGCCUGGGUCCGCAGCGGGUCAUGGCGCGCCGGGUGGUGCGCCACUGCCGCCUUUCGCUCGGGGCUUGCCUCAGGAUCCAUACGGUCUGGUCAACCCUACAGUUCGCGAGAGCUUCGCUCUUGGAGGUGGCGUGCCUGCCGGACAGAAUCCGUCUGUGCCACCUGGCGGGCUCGUAGGUGUGAUUGCCAGUGAGGAGCGGGCACGGUCUAUGCGGCGCGGAAGCCCUCAGGUCCCUCCGAUGGAGGGUUACCACGGCUCGCCAGCAAUGGGUCCAGGUGGAUUUGACCCUGUCCAGGGCAUUCCUCCUCAGAUGAUGUACCCGGGGACGAUGCCGAUGAUGAUGACGCCUGGAGAGCAGGCCCAGGUGCAGCUGAGCCAGCAGAUGUCACAAUUCAUGCAGAUGCAGAUGCAGUUCAUGCAGAUGAUGGCCAGCAACAACUCGUCGGCUAUGGAGCCGCCCCGGUCCGCGGGCCACGUGAACAGUCAGUCGCUCAACCAAGUUCCGACGAUGAGCGGAGGGGGGCUGACUGGAUUAGGCAUGGGGAUGGACAUGAACCCCGGAGUUCGUGGGUCUUACUUGGAAACGCCGAUGUUGGACGCAGGGAGGCCGGACAUGCAUGGGCGUACUAUGAGCAUGGUCCAGCCCAGCUCUGCAUCAUGGCUUCAGCCCGUCCCUACGCCAGGGGCAGGCUAUGCAGGCUCAAUCCGAGGUCAAGGAUACGCCCCAUCUAUUGCUCCUUCGGAGCGCAGCAACAUUGGGCUCCCUGGCCGUUACCGGCCAGUGUCACACAUGCCGGCCGCCUCCACGACGACGCCCGACCUGAACCGCAAGUCUUAUAUGUCUGGGGCGAUGAAUUCUCUGGGCGAGAACAAGAUGCCAAACACAGAUGACAAGAGGUCCAGCAAGAGGUCACUCAAGAAGGAAGAGGCGGAUGAUGACGACGAUGAAGGCUGGGCGGCCAUGCAGGCCAAGAGGGAUCAGAAGAAGUCCACAUGGAGGUUGAGAAAGACACUGGCUCCUGGCGACCUCGACAUUGGCUCGCUCAUCACGUGA